AUGGCUACCACUACCAUGGCUACCACUACCAUGGCUACCACUACCAUGGCUGGCACUACCAUGGCUGGCACUACCAUGGCUGGCACUACCAUGGCUGGCACUACCAUGUCUACCACUACCAUGGCUGCUACUAUCAUGGCUGCCACUACCAUGACUAUCACUCACUAUCAUGACUAUCACUACCAUAGCUACUGUCGAAAUGUGGCCCCCGCGCAUCCCAGCCACCGUGUUCUUCAGCCACCUGAUUUUGUACUGUAUUUAGGACCUGGCCUCGGAGAGGUUUUGGAGAAUCAAUCCCUACCACUACCAUGGCUAUCACUAUUUAUUAUUCAAAUAGCCUACUAUCAUAUGGUAGUCAUGGUAGUGGUAGUCAUGGUAGUGGUAGUCAUGGUAGUGGUAGUCAUGAUAGUGGUAGUCAUGGUAGUGCCAGCCAUGGUAGUGCCAGCCAUGGUAGUAUAUCGAAUGGGGGUAGAUACGAUUAGCCGUUGA